CUCCUGGCUGACACUGUGGACCCAUCAUGGACUCUGGAAAGCAGCUAACAGGUACGCUGGCUGUGGCUGUGUUCGCAGCAGCUCUGGGGUCCCUGCAGUAUGGCUACAGUCUUGGAGUCAUCAACGCACCACAGAAGGUCAUUGAAAAGCAUUAUGGGCUUGCCCUGGGGGUCUGGUCGGAGAGGACUGCUGUCCUUCCAGAAAACAGCACAGAAGAAGAGACCCUAGAGGCGGGACACCACCCUGAUGUGAUCAUGUACUGGUCGUUGUCAGUGGCAAUCUUCUCCGUUGGUGGCAUGUUAUCCUCCUUCCUGGUGGGAUUUGUGGGAGACCUGAGAGGGAGGGUAAAAGGCAUGUUAAUGGUCAAUGUUCUGGCUAUAGCUGCUGGACUGCUGAUGGGUCUUUGCAAGAUGUGGAAACCUCACAUUAUGGUCAUCGCAGGCCGUGCUGUUAUGGGCUUUUACUGUGGAUUAACAUCUGGAUUAGUGCCUAUGUACAUUGGAGAGAUUGCACCCAAGGCUUACAGAGGGGCUCUGGGAACUUUACACCAGCUGGCUAUUGUCAUUGGCAUCCUAAUCAGCCAGGUAAUUGGCUUGGACUUUGUACUUGGUAACGAUGACAUGUGGCCAGUAUUACUUGGUCUGUCUGGAGCCCCGGCUGUAUUACAAACCCUGCUGCUGCCUCUAUGCCCUGAGAGCCCGCGUUACCUUUAUAUUGUAUUGGGCAAGGAGCAAGAGGCGAAAAAAAGUCUGUAUCGUCUGAAGGGGGCGUAUGAUGCAACUUGUGAUCUGGAGGAGAUGCGGAGAGAGAAAGAGGAGGCUGACAAGGAGCCCAGGAUCUCUAUCCUUUCUUUGAUCCGCUCCUCUGUGUACAGACAGCAGCUGUUUGUUGCCCUGAUGAUGCACCUCUCCCAACAGUUGUCUGGCAUCAACGCUAUCUUUUAUUACUCCACGUCUAUCUUCGCUGGGGCUGGUGUCGCUCAGCCAGUCUACGCCACUAUAGGAGUCGGGGUUAUCAACACAGUCUUCACUAUGGUGUCUGUUGCACUGGUGGACAAGGCUGGCAGGCGUACUCUGACUCUCGCUGGUCUGGGAGGGAUGUGCUGCUGCGCAGUUGCCAUGACAGUGGGCCUCCGAUUCCAGAAUGACUACACCUGGAUGAGCUACGUCAGCAUGUCAGCUAUCUUCCUCUUUGUGAGUUUCUUUGAAAUUGGCCCUGGUCCUAUUCCAUGGUUCAUAGUGGCUGAACUGUUCAGCCAGGGACCUCGGCCUGCGGCCAUCGCUCUCGCUGGCUGCUGCAACUGGACCAGCAAUUUCAUCAUAGGCAUGACCUUUCCAUAUAUACAGGAUUGGCUGGGUUGUUAUGUGUUCAUCCUGUUUGCUGUGCUGCUUCUUGGUUUCACUGUGUUUACUUAUCUUCGGGUGCCUGAGACCAAGGGCAAAACCUUUAAGGAGAUUGCUGCUGCCUUCCAGAAGGGACGGAAACAGCUGGCACAGAUCCCCAAAGACAAUACCGAACUGCAGCAGCUCAAAACGUCCACAGAUGCAUAAAAAAACAGUUGCGUGUUUGUGAAGUCUUAUUUGUAUAUGGGGUGCCAAAUGGUCAGUAUUUCAAAUGCAUUUAUAAAUACAGUGUUACAACAAGUAGUCAUGUUAAUAUUAACCAACAGGAUUACCUAUGGGCUUUACUGUUUUGGUUCACUUGCACUACUCUCAUAGCAGGCAGCUGUUUUCAGUAAAUACUCUCUAAAAACAUGAUGUGUGCUACCUACCCAGUGUCAAACAAGAGUGAGACAAGCUUAAGAGCCAGAUAUUUUCAGUUUGUUGUUGCCCUCAAGUGGCCAAAUUAAGAUAUUACAGGUUUACCACUAAAAUGCAAAGAAACAAUAGAGUGCAAUUAAUUCAGCCAGGAAAUUAAGCUGUUUAUACUUAAAUAACAAGACAAUAAAGUAUUACUCUUUAGUGAUUUUUGGUUACCACAUACAGAUAUUAUUUAUCCAUGGAAUUACUCCAUUAUCUCUCUUGAAAUAAUAACAUAAUUCCCACAUCCACUUAAAAAUGUAUUUUGCUUAUUGUAACUUUAGGUUCGAUCCUGACUGUGCAUAUCGGUGUAUGUGUAUCUGAGUUUUUAAGGCGUGUAUGUAUGAGUAUGACUUUGUGACAUCAGACCUAAUUCGGAAGCCAGUCCUGACCCAAUUUGCAACUUACAGGAGUGUGGAAACUUCAAACUUGCAGUGUACAUAUACUGACAAUGGACUUUUACCUGAAGUAGUUAGAGUGCAAUAGUAUUAGGGCAUCCACAUUCCUUGGUAGUGGCUUUUAGAAAACCCAUGUAGAAAACAAAUAGAGUGAGCAGAUGAGUGAACUGAUACUAGAGGAAGUUUACUGUUUUCAGACAGGUCUAUUUACCCAAAGACACAUUCCCUGCUACACAGCUCCCAGCAACGCUCCAGGACAAAUUCAAGGCUAAUUACAAGUUGGCAGAGUCAGCCUUUCCCAGGAAACAUUGCCUUUUCCUGAGCUAAACAGUCACAAGAAAACACCAGUAGAAACAACAAUCUAUAAAAAAAAAAA